CGACGCCCUUAAAAAUGUGAAAUAAAGAUUACCAGGAAUCCCAAAGUGCACUAUAAAUGAGAUAAGAUAAUGACGUCAGAGCAUUAUCUAACCAACCAUGUCUCCAACAAAGUCUAUAAAGAGACACACACAUACACACCCGGUCAUAAAAAUGUAAAAUGGCCCAAAUUUGUCACUUUUUAAUAGUUUUUUCAAUAUAUUUUAUGUUAUUUUCUGUGGCAAAGAAGCAUAACCAGAUCACCAAACUCAACAAAUUGACGGAGUCAAGAAGAUCAGAGAAUCCGCCAGCUGGGGAAACAUGGACAGAACAAGAUACAUCAAACUUAUCUCGAGUGCUUUCUAUUGAACCUCAACAAGGAUCAAAGGAAGUAGACAGGGUUGAUAGGCUGCCAGGUCAACCACAAGUGGACUUUGAUCAUUUUGCUGGCUAUAUAACAGUCGAUUUAAAGGCUGGAAGAGCAUUGUUCUAUUACUUUGUUGAAUCACCUCACAAUCCAUCAACCAAACCUCUCCUUCUAUGGCUCAAUGGAGGGCCAGGAUGCUCGUCGUUUGGAUACGGAGCCAUGGAAGAACUUGGACCCUUCCGAGUCAACAGUGAUGGGAAAACACUCUACCGCAAUGAUUAUGCAUGGAACAAUGAGGCUAAUGUACUAUUUUUGGAGUCGCCAGCUGGAGUGGGGUUCUCGUAUUCAAAUAGAUCGUCUGACUACACGACAGGGGACAAGCAAACAGCUAAAGACUCAUACACUUUCCUCAUCAACUGGUUUCAAAGAUUCCCCGAAUACAAAACCCGAGAUUUCUUUAUUACAGGUGAAAGCUACGCAGGUCACUACGUACCUCAACUCACAUCCCUCAUUCUCUCAGAAAACAAGAAGACAAACGGAACAGUCAUUAAUCUUCAGGGAAUUGCAAUUGGGAAUGCUUUGUUAGAUGAGAAUACACAUCUUCAAGGGAUGCUAGAAUACUUAUGGACACAUGCCCUAAUGUCCGAUGAGUCAAAUGCAGGCAUUAAAAGGUAUUGUGACGAUGCUGAGAAUUUAAGCAAUAUAUCAGAAAAGUGCUAUCAGUAUGUAGACCAAGGAUUUAGUGAGGUUGGUAAAAUUGAUAUUUACAACAUCUAUGCACCACUCUGUGAAGGAACCACACAAAAACUUCAAUCUACUGCGUCUGUAAAGAAUUUUGAUCCUUGCUCUAGUCGUUAUGUGUCUUCAUAUCUAAAUCGAGCAAAAGUGCAAGAAGCUCUUCAUGCCCGAAAUACCUCAUGGUCACAUUGCAGCGAUUAUGAAUGGACAGAUAGCCCAACAACUGUUUUGCCUACUGUCAAUUCAGUUAAUUGCGUAUGGUAUUAGAGUGUGGAUAUUCAGUUGUGACACUGAUGGAAUGAUCCCAGUAACAUCAUCAAGGUACUUCGUGAAUAAAUUAAAGCUUCCAAUAGAGACUGCUUGGAGACCAUGGUACUAUAAUGGAGAUGUGAGAAUAUUUGAAACAAUAAUAACAUCGAAUAACAAUGUGGGAGGAUAUGUGGUAGGCUACAAAGGAGUUAUACUUACCACAGUAAGAGGGGCAUGCAGUCCCUAGUUACCAGCCAGAAAGAGCAUUGCUCUUGAUUUCAUCAUUCCUUCAUGGAAAACUUCCGCCAUCUUUGGCUGAAUAACCAUUAAUAUAAGUUAUUUACCGGAUGAAAAAUGACAAGUUAUAAGCAAGUGGUAUCUAAUCAUAUUGGAAAUAUAACAAGUUCAUUUUGAGCAUUGAAUGUUUAUAUACAAUAAUAUAAUAAAUAUGUCCCCUUAAUCAUUUUGUAUGGCUUU